CUAACUCAAACAAUCUACCACUCGUCCUCUCCCCCACAAUCGCGCCUCCGUCGCUUCUUCGGAUUCGCCUCGAUUGCCGUCACAUCCGCUGGUCUAGGACUCUACGUUGAAGCCGGAGACACAAUAUCUCGCAUGAUGACCGCCGAAUCAUUAAUCAAGACAGAUGCGGAGACGCUGAACUACACAGCGCCAGACGCCGUCGCGCAGGAAAUCGUCGACUACAUCCACAACCUUCCCGAAGUAGCCGCCCUGCGCGAGAACCCAGACUUCAAAGAGUCGCGCCCACACCUCAAGUUCCCUGUCGCUCUGAGUGAGCGCAGCUUGACAGCUGGCACUCUUUCUGGACCGAAGAGAAUCCCUGUGCCCCCGCUCGUGUUUAACGAGCGCGAAGGCAAGAGUCUCGUCUCGUUCUUGUACCUCGGUUCAGACGUCUGUGGCCACCCGGGCAUCGUGCACGGUGGUCUCCUUGCCACGCUGUUGGACGAGGGCCUUGCUCGGUGCUGCUUCGAGGCGCUGCCUAAUAAGGUCGGCGUUACUGCCAACCUGAAUCUUGAUUACCGUGCGCCUGCCAUGGCUGAUUCGUACAUUGUGCUACGGGCUGAGACCGUCAAUGUUGAGGGCCGUAAGGCUUGGGUUGAGGGUCGCAUUGAGACUAUUCCUGAAGAAGGGAAGAACCCUGUUGUCUUGGUUGAGGCUAAGGCUUUGUUUAUUGAGCCCCGACAAGCAUCUGUGAGUGAAUGCUUUUACUUUCUCUUCUACUAUGGCAACAUCACCUUUCACGCCGCCGCCCUGACCCGCCAGGAGCGCAAUACCCUACGUAACCAGCAGGGCCUGACAAUCUGGCUGACCGGCCUCUCAGCCUCCGGCAAGUCCACAAUCGCCGUAGAGCUCGAGCACCAACUCCUGCACGACCGCGGCGUGCACGCCUACCGUCUGGAUGGCGACAACAUCCGCUUCGGUCUGAACAAGGACCUCGGCUUCAGCGAGACUGACCGCAACGAGAACAUCCGCCGUAUCGCGGAGGUUGCUAAGCUUUUCGCCGACAGCUCUUCUGUCGCUAUCACCUCUUUCAUCUCGCCCUACCGGAAGGACCGCGAUACUGCUCGCCAGCUGCAUGAGGUUGCUACCCCAGGUGAAGAGACUGGUUUGCCUUUCGUCGAGGUCUACAUUGAUGUCCCUGUUGAGGUCGCUGAGAAGCGUGACCCUAAGGGUUUGUACAAGAAGGCUCGUGAGGGUGUUAUCAAGGAGUUUACUGGUAUCUCUGCUCCCUACGAGGCUCCUGUCAACCCCGAAGUUCACAUUAAGAGCCACGAGACUCCUGUCCCUGAGGCCGUGAAGCAAAUCAUCGACUACCUUGACUCCAAGGGCUACCUCCCUCCUAAGAAGUAA